GUCCCUGCCAGUUUUAGUUUUGGCCGCGCGGUAGUCGUCGACUUGCUCUGCCUCGUGUCGCACGUCGUACUCUGUUUGCUCGCACGGACGUUUCACUUUGAUCGUCGUCAUCGUCGCGCGUCCACCGAGUGCCGAGUGUCCGCAGCUUUCUUCUCUUCCCUUCGUUCACGAUGGCCAGUCCGAUGGCAAGUAGUUCGGGAGCUCCGCUACUGCUGCUGCUGGGCAGCCUCCUGGUUAUCGGCUGCAGCAGCCAAUGCCUGACCAAAAACGACAGUCCGGCCACGAUGCGCCCGGACGCCGCCGAGAUUCUGAGCAAUGCCCGCUUCGACUUCGCCCUCGAGUCGCUGAAGAAAAUCUCCGAGAUCGAGACGCAGGAUAACAUCUUCUUCAGCCCGCACAGCCUGUACGAGGCCCUGGGGCUCGCCUACUCCGGCGCCCACGGCAAGACCGAGACUUCUCUGCGCAAAGCCCUCAACAUCCCUGAAGACUUUAACAAACUCGAUGUGCAGAGAUUCUACGCUUACGAAAAGUCCCUCGAAUUGGCACGCAAGGCAAACUCGAGCGACAAUUACGAGUACCGGGUGGCGAAUCGCUUGUGGCUGAGCAGCGCCAAGCGGCUGCGCCAGUGCGUGCUCGACUUUUACGGCGAGGAGCUUCAGCGCGAGGACUUCCGCGCCGAUCCCGAGGCCAGCCGCAAGCGCAUCAACGACUGGGUGAGCAGCGAGACUCGCGGCAACAUCCAGGACCUGCUGCCCCCGAGCGCCAUCGACGAUAGCACCGACGCCGUCCUGGCCAACGCCGUCUACUUCAAGGGACUCUGGCAGAGCAAAUUCUUGCCCGAGAACACCAAGCGCGACGUGUUUUACCUCGGCCAGGAGAACAUGACCAUCGCCACGUUCAUGCGUCAGAAGGGAUCCUUCAGUCACAUGGUCUCGGAGGAGCUCGGCGUGCACAUCCUGCAAUUGCCUUACAAAGGAGACGACGUGUCCAUGUACAUCCUGCUGCCGCCGUUCGUGCAAACCCAGCAAGCCGCGGCGGCCGCUCGUUCCGCCGGCCAGCCCAAGUCCAACGGCGUGCGCCAGCUGCUCAAUCGUCUGUCCGAUAACCAGGACAGCGCCAAGGAGCUCAGGGACAUCCUCGACAGCGGCAUGCCGGCGCGCGAGGUCGACCUGCAGAUACCCAAGUUCAGCCUGGAGCGCGAGCUGCCCGUGAAGACGCUGCUCGACGCCAUGGGCGCCGAAUCCGUGCUCGACAGCGCCAACUCCGACUUCGGGGCCUUCGUCGAGGAGGGCGAGAAGCCCAUCACCCUCGGCGACGCCGUGCACCGGGCCAAGAUCGAGAUCACCGAGGAGGGCACGACGGCCGCCGCGGCCACGGCCCUCUUCAGCUUCCGAUCCAGCAGGCCUACGGAGCCGGCAUUUUUCACCGCCAAUCAUCCCUUCGCUUACUUCAUCUACGACAGACCGUCGCGUACUGUCUUGUUCGCUGGUAUCUUCCGAAGGCCGAACAAACGUUAAUUACACGAAACAAAGCUUUCUUCGAAUAAUUUAAAAUCAUCGUAAUGUCAUCGUUCGAGUCACUCACCUGACUGUUGUUAUACUUUGACUACUAUUUUACUUAUUCUAUUUAUGAAUCGAUACCUGGUCAAAUUUAUCUAUUGCAUUCGUUGUAUUUUAUCUUUCGAUCUAGAUGCUACCAUAGGUCAAGUUACGUAUUAUCAUCGCUAAAUCUAUAAAAUGUCUCAUUUAAAGUCUGUGUAACGUGUGAGUUCGUUGAUUUAUAAUUUUCACAGUAAAUUAUUAUGCGUGUAAUGAAGUAGUCUGCAUUAGUUAUAAGUGAAAUCUUUAAGAGAGACCAGUGAAAUCUAGCUAAACAGUUACCCGAGCCUUUGAAACUAUGCAAAGAUGAGCUGGGCCUCUGUAAGGAGAAAUUACUGUAGCUAAAUGUAAAACAUGUACUUUGAAAUAUUAUAUAUUUUGAUUAUAUAAUAUUAUGCAUUUUAGUACGAUAAAAUAAGUUAAAACCAAAGUUUCGUGAUUACAUUUUAUAUUUUUUGGGGUAUAAAAUUCCUGUGUGGUAUUCGACAAAUAAAAAUAACGCGUGCCUGUAUAUUUGUAUUAUUUUCUGGUUUAUGCAUUAUUCCAUAUUGCAUAAUGUUUCUGCAGUGUAAAUAUUCAUAAGUAUAACUAUCUCUAAAAAUGUUAAAAAAUUACCUUCCAUUUAACUUUAUUGUCGCAAGUAAAUUUGAGUACGAAAUUGCCAUUGUGGGCCAUUAUAAACACAUUCCAUCAUAUAAUAUAAAGAUAUGUAAUUAUUUUUUAAGAUUUCGUUUAAAUAACACUUUUAAAUUUUAGAAAUAUUAUCCGUUUAAAAAUACUUUUUUUCAAUACCCAAGUAAAAUGUUUCCAUUAAAUAUAGAUUUUACUAUUCUAAAACCCACACAAAAAAUUUUUUUCUUUAUCGUAUCAUAAUUUUAUUAGCGAGUUAAGCUUAUAUUAUGCAACGUAGAUAAAAUAUUAAACAGUAAAAAAUGUAAGGGAAAUAUUUCGCAAUGCGAAGCUUAUAUACCUCGAACAUAUCAUUAUCUCGCUAUAAGAGAACUAUUAUGUGGAGUGAGUUAUGGACAAAAGGGUUGACAAGUGAGUUGCUAAGCAAACAAUCAUCUUUAACGUAACUAGUUUCUUAUGAACUGUUAUGAAAAAAAUAUUUUCAAAAAUAAAUCAUUUAAACUAAACAAAUUAAUUAAAAAAAGAUUGUUUAAAAAUUUAGAAAAAAAAUCUUAAGAAUUGUAUGUAUAACUUUAUUUCACGACUUGAAUGGAUUUAAAUUUAAUUAUACAAUAGGUUUUUAUCGCAAGUACAAACUUACUUCAUUGCAGCUUAUUUAAUAACCUGCUCUGAUAAUAUAGUACGUAUUUUUACAAUGACGCACAUACAAUAAAAUCGUCUCUAUUGGUAA